AAAGAUUAUUAUUCGGUGGCGCCAUUACAGGAGCCGUGAAGGUUAGGAAGAAAAUGGAUAUUCUGAGGCUCCUUCUAUCUGCUUUGCUGGUCGCCCUUCUCUCCAUAGCCUCACUCCCUCUUCUCCAUCGCAAAAACCUUCGCAUACAUUCCCACUUCGCAGACUUAGUGGUCCGAAAUGCCACCAUUUACACCAGCGACGAAACUCUCCCCUUUGCCGACUCCAUGGCCAUUCGCGGCGGUAGGAUUCUCCGAGUCGGUACAUAUUCAUCAAUCCAGGAGUUGGUUGGAACUGGGACUAAGCAGCUUAAUGUAGAAGGGAAAGUUAUUGUUCCAGGAUUUAUUGAUUCUCAUGUGCACUUUAUCUCCGGAGGGUUGCAGAUGGAUCGAGUAGAACUCCGUGGUGUUGAUGGACGAGAACUUUUUGUGAGCAAAGUUAAGGAAGCAGUCACAAAUGUAAAACCUGGAACUUGGAUUUUGGGUGGUGGGUGGAACAAUGAUCUUUGGGGAGGAGAUUUGCCAAUGGCUUCUUGGAUUGAUGAUAUUACACCUCAUAAUCCUGUUUGGCUAUCAAGAAUGGAUGGGCAUAUGGGCUUGGCUAACUCUUUGGCACUGAGUAUUGCUGGAAUUUCUCAUGACACACAGGAUAUAAAUGGAGGAGCUAUAAUGAAAGACAUUGAUGGGGAACCUACUGGGUUGGUGAUAGAUUCUGCAAUGAAGCUUGUGCUGUCCUGCAUACCUGAACCUUCCAUUGAUGAAAGGAGGAAAGCUCUUUUAUCAGCAAGCAAUCUUGCAGUGAUGAGGGGUGUGACAACAGUUGUUGAUUUUGGGAGAUAUUUUCCUGGUUCGCGUGCGGAACUUCCAUGGGAGGAUCUUUCAGAUGUGUACCAAUGGGCUGAUUCGUCAGGGAAUAUGGUGAUCCGUGUUUGCCUAUUCUUUCCAUUGGAGACUUGGGCACGCUUGGAGGGUUUGGUAAAGAAGGUUGGUCAUAGCUUGAGCCAACGGAUUCACUUAGGUGGUGUGAAGGCUUUUUCGGAUGGAUCUUUGGGAUCUAACAGUGCACUCUUUUAUGAGCCAUAUGCUGAUGAGCCUCACAACUAUGGACUACAAGUAGUGGAUAUGGAUCAGCUAUAUAACAUGACUCUUUCUUCAGAUAAAUCUAACCUUCAGGUUGCCAUUCAUGCCAUAGGUGACAGAGCCAAUGAUUUAAUCUUGGAUAUGUAUGCUUCAGUGGCUUCUGAGAAUCAAAAGACGGAUCGACGGUUUAGGAUUGAACAUGCUCAACAUUUGGCCACUGGGACCGCAGCACGAUUUGGUGAACAAGCUAUAUUUGCGUCAGUUCAGCCGGAUCACUUGCUGGAUGAUGCCGAUUCUGCAAUUAAGAAGCUUGGGCGGAAAAGAGCAGAGGGAGGAUCCUAUUUAUUCAAGUCACUCCUCACGAACAAUGCACAACUAGCAUUUGGCUCUGAUUGGCCAGUAGCCGAUAUAAAUCCACUGGGAAGCAUUGAAACGGCAAUGAAAAGAAUACCUUCUCUUCCAGGUCGUAAACAACAUAAGGGGACAGCAUGGAUUCCAUCAGAACGCUUAAGCCUAAAGGAGGCACUUGAUGCGUACACAAUCUCAGCUGCACGUGCGUGCUUCCUUGAGAGAGACAUCGGGUCCCUCUCUCCUGGAAAGUUGGCAGAUUUUGUGGUUUUGUCUGCGGAUUCAUGGGAUUCAUUCUUUGCAAUAAGUGAUAGUGGAGGAUCUACAACCACUUCAGUCCAAGCUACAUAUGUUGGUGGAAUCCAGGCUUACCCUAGGCUGAAAAUGAUGAUCUGACCAUCCGGGUCAAUUUAUUAGGAUAACAUACUAAAUUCUUGGGAGAUAAUUAUGAAUUUUCCAUGUGUAUUCACUCUGAUGAAUGCAAUCACAGUUUGUAAAUUAUUCCUUGUAUGUUGCCCAAAUCAGAUAUUGUGACACCUGAAUUUCCUAAUGAACUGCAAUGAUAUUUGACAGUCUGAAAAGUGUUUUAGGAGUUCAUUUGAGAUGAAAUAUCGAGUGAGAUGGAUGUGGACUCGGUUCAGUUCAC